AAUCAAUUGAUAUGCUAAAUGAACUCGUGACUAGAUAACUAUAUGGCCAUAUAUAUAUAGAUCUAUACGAUGAAAGACGUCAUUUUCACAUAAAGAAGAUCAUCACAGUUACUAAUCUCAUAAUUAGUUACAUCACAUCCGGAAUUCAGUCAACAGUCGGGACUGAGUACUUAGUGACUGACGAUAAGCUAAUUACUGGUCAUUACAUAAUAGAACUAAUGAAAUCAAUCAGUAACCAUCUAUUCAAUACGGAUUACUUAAUACUAUAUCGUUUAAUUGUUAUUAUUCUGUAUACAAUUUCAUCACAGAUUGGUUAUUUCUAUUUCUAUCCAAAUAAUAAUGGAGGUAUUCAACUAAUUCAAGUACUUUAUCUAUUCAAGUUCUUCACAUGUAUUACAAUGACUUUAAAUGCAAUCUACUAUAUAACUUCAAUACCAUUACAAUACUUUAAUCUUGAUCAUAUUCGUGGUUAUCAAUUCUUGGUUGUAUUCUCAUUUAAUUCGACAAUGAUGCUUUUCUACUGGAGUGCAUUUCUUUAUGAUCCCAAAAUGAUUUAUGAAAUUGAUGAAUUAAAAAAUAUGCCAUUAUGGUAUAAUCAUUUAUGUCAUUUAAUUCCACCAAUUGCUUUGGUACUCGAUGCUUACUUAUGUCAUCCGAAAAUAGUCUCAUUCUACAAUGCAUUAAAGAUUGAAUGUUUCAUUGGAAUCAUUUAUAACAUCUUCAUAGAAACUGGAAUUCUUUUAUGGAAUACAUCACCAUAUCCACAAUUUCUUAAAUAUAAUCUACUACUUAGAUAUUUCAAUUAUACAAUCACUUGGUCUAUAUCUAUUGGAUUUAUAUUACUUGGUGAAAAAUUUGUUCAUUAUUUACAUAAAAGUAUAAAAAAGAAAAUAAAAGAAACAAAUUCACAUGAUGAUUUAAAAGAAAAAAGAUUGAAAACGAAGAAAAAAUAGGGGAAAAAAGAGGUGAAAGAAAUACCAGAGUUGAAUAAAUCAUCAACACUCCCAUUAUCACCAUUCCCCCCCCCCAUCAUCACCACUACCACCAUCACCACCAUCAACAACAACAACAUUAAAAAAGAAGAGAAAAGAAAGAAAAACGCUCUUGUUUAUUUCUUUUUUUUCUUUUUUUCUUUCUACUAUAUAUAUAUAUAUAUCAUUAAUAUUUGCUUUAAGAAUAAUAUAGUUAUCAUGAAUUGUCAAUGAAAAUGAUGAUAGGAAUGUUUAAAGGGACUAUUUACCGUUUGAAAAACUUCAACUCUACAAUUGUAUACAUCAUUUCAAUGUGACUGUAUUCUUUUUUCUUCUUUCGUUGAGGAUAGGAAUCAGAAAUAUAUUUUGCUUUGUAUGAA